CCAUAUACCCAAAACAUGAACUUCUUUAAAUCUCUUUCCUCCAUUUUCUUUUUCAUUGCUCUCCUCUCCACCUACAGCCAUGCAGCCACUAUCAACAUCAUAAACAAUUGCCCUUUUACUGUUUGGGCUGCUGCCGUACCCGGUGGUGGUCGACAACUUGACCGCGGCCAAACAUGGGCCAUCAACCCUCCUGCAGGCACAAAGGGAGCCCGGGUAUGGGCCCGGACCGGCUGCACCUUUGAUGGAACAGGUCGGGGCAGGUGCCAGACCGGUGACUGUAACGGGCUCCGCGAGUGCCAAGCUUAUGGUGCACCCCCUAACACACUAGCUGAAUAUGCACUAAACCAAUUCAACAACUUAGACUUCUUUGACAUAUCCCUGGUGGACGGGUUCAAUGUGCCGAUGGAUUUUAGCCCUACCUCCAAUGGGUGCACCCGGGGUAUCAAAUGUACUGUGGAUAUAAAAGGGCAGUGCCCGAAUGAGUUGCGGGCACCGGGCGGGUGUAAUAACCCGUGUACCGUAUUUAAGACCGAUCAGUAUUGUUGCAAUUCUGGAAACUGUGGACCCACAAAUUAUUCAAGGUUUUUCAAGGAUAGAUGCCCAGAUGCAUAUAGUUACCCUAAGGAUGAUCAGACAAGCACAUUUACUUGCAAUGGGGGAACCAACUAUAAGGUUGUGUUUUGCCCUUAAAUUCCAUUUUGAUAGUACUUAUGCAAGUAGUGGUACUAGUGUUCCACAAUAAGAGCUUUGGGAUCCAUUAAUGAGGAUUCAAAGCUUAUGAAGAAUAAAUUCAAGCACAUGUAGUGAUGUGCACAUGUAUUUGUAACCUAUGGUUGUAAUAAACAUAAACCUAAUCGGGCAUGAAUAUAGAAAAAAUUUCUUGUUUGGAUAAUUUAUGACUU